AUGUCAGAGGGAGUCUAUGAAAACUCAGAUGGAUUUAAAGAUGACGAGCCUGAUGCAAUGAAGAACACAGACAUUGAUGGCCAAUUAUAUGCCAACGUAAAAGCCUUCAAGCCUAGUCCAAGAGAUGGAGUUGUUGCUUCAGUACAUGUUCAGUGGUGGAAGAGACCCUCUGGAGUUGCUGCAGUGUGUCUGGGGCUGCUGUGUGUUCUCCUACUGGCUGGGAUCAUAGGCCUGUCUGUCUACUGUGGAGUCAUUGGUCAUCGCGACUCAAAAGAGAGAAACCAGCUACAGGCCAGUUAUAACAACCUGACUGAAGAGAGAGACCAGCUACAAACCAGUUACAACACCCUGACUGAAGAGAGAGACCAGCUACAGACCAGUUACAACACCCUGACUGAAGAGAGAGACCAGCUACAGACCAGUUACAACAACCUGACUGAAGAGAGAGACCAGCUACAGACCAGUUACAACAACCUGACUGAAGAGAGAGACCAGCUACAGACCAGUUAUAACAACCUGACUGAAGAGAGAGACCAGCUACAGACUGAGAGAGAGAUUCUUAACAGGAGGCUUACCAAUCUCAAACAAACCUGUUCUGAAGGCUGGCAGAAGUUUGAAUCCAGUUGGUACUUCCUGUCUACUGAGACUAAAACCUGGAACGAGAGCAGAGAGGACUGUAUGGAAAGAGGAGCAGACCUGGUGAUCAUAAACAGUGAUGAGGAACAGACAUUUCUUAUCAACCUCAAGAAGAGAGUCUGGAUUGGUCUGACUGACUCUGCUAAUGAGGGGACCUGGAAAUGGGUGGACGGCACCCAACUGACCACAGGGUACUGGUGUCAUCAACAGCCUGAUAAUGGUGGUGGCCAUGCAGAAUAUGGUGAGGAGGACUGUGCUCUCAUAGAAAAAGGUCGGAGUCCUCGUGAGGCAUGGAAUGACUUGUUAUGUGGCAGCAAACUCAACUGGAUUUGUGAGAUAGUGGUUUAACAUCACAAUGACAACAUACUGUAACACAUACAGUAGCCUACACUGCACACAACUUCCUCUUUCU